AUGGAAUUACCAAAUAAUUACCAGCCUCGCAAAGAACAACCAAAUAUGAAUAUUGGACUCACUAAUGCUGAACUUGGAAAAGUCGUAACUAGAUUUCCUCCCGAACCAAGUGGAUAUCUUCACAUUGGUCAUGCCAAAGCAGCAUUGUUAAAUGAAUAUUUUGCUAGAGAGUAUAAUGGUAAAUUUAUUCUUAGACUAGAUGAUACGAAUCCCAACAAAGAAAAGUUUGAAGAAUCUAUUAAAGAAGAUUUAUCUCUUCUCGGGAUUAAUCCGGAUGUAAUAUCUCAUACUUCAAACCAUUUUGAAGAACUUUAUCAAUAUGCUAUUAAGAUUAUCAAAAAAGGAUUAGCUUACGUAGAUGAUACUGAUGUCAACACGAUGCGCAAACAAAGAAUGGAUGGUAUUGCUUCAAAAUGUCGAGAUUUAUCUAUCGAAGAAAAUUUACAGAGAUUUGAUGAAAUGUUUAAGGGAACAGAAUUUGAAAAUUAUGAUAUACACUAUUCACAAAAAAAUAAUAGGGAUCGAUGGAAAAUUUAUCCAACGUAUGAUUUCGCGUGUCCAAUUGUUGACUCAGUCGAAGGUGUCACGCAUGCUUUGAGAACUAAUGAAUAUCGGGAUCGUAAUGCCCAAUAUGAUUGGAUUCUCAAUGCGUUAGAUUUAAGAAAAGUUUAUAUUUGGGAUUUCAGUCGAUUGAAUUUUGUAUAUACUUUGUUAUCUAAACGAAAGCUUGCAUGGUUUGUUGAAAAAGGUCUUGUUAGUGGAUGGGAUGAUCCGAGAUUUCCUACUGUUCGAGGAAUUCUUCGACGUGGUAUGACUGUUGAAGCCUUAAAAAAAUAUAUUCUUAUUCAAGGUGCUUCGCAAAAUACAGUAUUACUUGAGUGGGAUAAGUUAUGGGCGAUAAACAAAUCAGUUAUUGAUCCCGUUUCCCCAAGACAUACUACAAUUCUUGAAAAAGACCUUGUUAAGGUCAAUAUUAUAAAUGGACCUGAAAUUAUAUAUUCUAAGGAUUUACCAAAGCACAAGAAAAAUUUAGAUGUUGGAACAAAGAAAACUUGGUAUUCUUCAAAAAUUUUAAUUGAUCAAGAAGAUGCUAAAACUUUUGAUAUUGAUGAAGAGAUUACUCUAAUGGAUUGGGGAAAUGCUUUUGUCAAAGCUAUUCAUAAAUCAACAUCUAAUCAGGAAGUUGUAUCCGGAUUAGAAUUACAAUUACAUUUGGAAGGAGAUUUCAAAAAGACCAAAAAGAAGAUUACUUGGUUAGCUGAUAUUCCGGAAGUAACUAAAGUGGUAUUAGUUGAUUAUGAUUACUUGAUAACUAAACGAAAAUUAGAGGAAAAUGAUGAACUUCAAGAUUAUGUAACUGAAAAGAGUGAAUUCCUUACUGAUGCUCUAGCAGAUUCUAAUGUUAGAGAAUUGAAAAAAGGAAACAUAAUUCAAUUUGAACGCAAGGGUUAUUACAUAAUGGAUAAUGACAUUGAUAAAAUUCCACGAUUUAUUUCUAUUCCUGACGGAAAAGCUAGUAGUAUGGCAUCCAAGGCAGGUAAAAAUGAAAAUACUAGUGAUGAUAGUGUAAUUAGUAAUGUCAAGAUGUACAGAGUUUCCGAUAUUUAUGUUCUCAUGUCACAAAAAGAAACGUUAGAUUUAGAACAGAAACAAGAGAAUAUUAAGCAAACAAAUAGAGAAAUAAUUUACCAACUAUAUCUUCAUCCACCACCAAAUGUUGUGAGCCAAAUUUUCCAUGAUACUCUCAAAGUAAAGUCCUUAAUCCCGCCACCGGUAGCUCCAGUAAAAAUAACAACAUCUAGUUUCAGUCCAAACGAAUUGGUCGAAUUUAUUACAAAUUUUGUCCAUUCUAUGGGGGAAAUGACAAUAGGAUCUCGAUUUUCUAUGUCCGUCAAAAAAUUUAGGGAGUUUUUUACAACGCUAUUAUAUUUAACAAACCUCUCAACUGCGACUGUAAUCAUUUCAAUGAAAUAUUUUCAAAGAUAUUUAUCCAGCGGUGCUACCAUUGAUUUUGGUUUGGAUCAAACAUAUCUUAUCGCGUUAAUAUUAGCCGAUAAGUUUCAUAAUGAUUAUAAUUACACGAACAAAACUUGGUCCGAAAUCACGGAUAUUCCAUUUAAUGAAAUUAAUAAGAUGGAAUUGAAGUUUUUGAACAGCUUGAAUUUUCGAGUUUAUAUUAAUGAUCGAUCAUUACCUCCGAAUUUGGAUAAACCAAAAUAUCAUAUGAAAUUGGAUCUGCAGGGGAUUAUAUAA